AUGUCGUCCAGGUACGUGUCCGCGCGGGCCGCGUGCCAGAUUACAUCAAUACUGACCGCAUCGCAGUAUCUUUGCAUGGCUCCCCAUCUUCUGAAUCAGACCCAAAAUGAGAUUCUCACUGCUUCAAGUGCCUCCAUGGGUUUUCAUCUCAGUCUGUUCAUCAAUUUUUAUAUAAAUGUACUCUACCACCUAUAUAACCAAUCUCACCAGCCUUUUUUGAUUUUCCACUUGUCUAAUCCGUUAUGUUUUCCUCAAUCAUUUCGCCUUGUUUUGACGCCAUCUCCUUCCUUCCGUUCUAUUUUGGGUGAAAUGUCUUCUUUUUUAUACGGCGCUGUGGACGAAAUAUAG